UCCGAGUAGACUUUCCGUACCACUUCAGAUUGCAACAAAUAAAAUGGCGUGACUGAUAAAUCAGCUUCGCUGCCUUCGCGUGCUCGUGACAUGAAUUCGGUUUGCUUCUGUCCAACCGCGUCGGUUACUUGUUCGUCACGUCGUGAUAUACUCGUCUUGACGUACGUUGAAGCUUCUCGAGCUUUCCAGUCGUGCUCGCUGUGGACAAAGACACGCAAAAUCUAGCCACACGUCGCGAAAGCUGAGCUCGAUCGUGUGACAAUGUGUAAAGUGAGAAUGCUGCGCGCAUUGCUGAAUCAGCGACUAAGCGCGGCCGUGGAAGAAAUAUUUGUAAUGUUGGAAAGAACGAUAGCAGAGUACGAGGAGGAACUUUGUCGAACAAAAGAGGAGAACCAGCGACAACGUCAACUACUGGACGCUUUCAACAGAGCGGACGUCAAUGAAGAAGAGCUUUCCACUGAACAGCAGGAGUUGAGCCCUGGAGGAGAGCACCAGCAAUCACAGUCCCCCUACGUUAAAAGGGAAGAGAAUGAACACACCAUUGGCCAGGAGGCAGAUCCGUUUCACCAGCUUCAAGAUGAUGAAAUGCUAAUGAACCGAGUCAUUGUAAAGAGUGAAGAUGAUGAUGAAGAGCACUGCGAAGCAUCCGAAGCGGGCAGCCUUCUUGCUCCACUCUCUGAUAGUGAUGACACAACACCACACUCUCCUAUCACUGACGACGAACAGUCUAAAGGUGAUACCCCAUGUCACAUGGACACGGAGCACCUCAAAUGCUCUCAAUGUGACAAAACCUUUGGAAAAAAGAGGAAUUUGAAAAGGCACAUGAGAUGCCACACGCGUGACAAACCCUUCAUGUGUGCAGAUUGUGGGAAAACGUUCUCUAUUAAGGGACACUUGAUGAGACACGCAAGAACACACACUGGAGAAAAACCUUUUUCCUGUUCGGUUUGUUGUCAAACGUUCUCCCGAAAGGCUUCCUUGAUGAUACACACGAGGACACACACUGGCGAGAAACCCUUUUCCUGUACGGCGUGUGGUAAAAAGUUCCCUCACAGGUCGACUUGGAUGAGACACACCAGAACACACAGCGGAGAAAAACCGUACGCCUGCUCAUUCUGCAACAAAAGAUUCUCCCAAAAUGAGUAUUUGAUCGCGCACACCCGAACGCACACCGGUGAGAAGCCGUUUCCCUGCACAAUCUGCCACACGAAUUUCCGCGAUCGUUCGGCGCUGAGUAAUCACAUCAGAAGGCACACGGAUGAGAAGCCAUUUUCCUGCACGAUGUGUGACGCCAGCUUCCGGGAUCGCUCGGCAUUGAGGAAACACGGGAGAACAACACACACUGUUGCGAGCUCUGCUGCUCAAGCUCGUGUGAUUUAAAAACUUGGUGGCUGUCUUCGGAAACAUUCGGCGAUUCCCUCAUCACUAACCAGUACCAUAAAGGGAUUUUUUUUUGUGGUAGUGGACUAUAUCGUUCACUCAACAACAAAUGAAAAAUAAUUUGUGAACAUUACUCGGGGUGCAGAAGAAUUAGGUCAUUACAGUUUCACAACCACAACAUACCUGGUCAGCGUUAGCUGGUGAACUUCACGAAUGUGUUUCACAAAAUCAGUACAAAGAAAGCACUUAAUGCUAUAGCUCCCAAUAUUCCCCUCAUCAGUCUCGGUCUUUUUUCCAAUACUGGGACCUUCUAUCAGAAGAGCAUUUCAUCAUUUCACCUGACAAUAUAACUUGCUGACAUGAACAGAUGACCCAAAAAGGCAUUUUUCUUAUUUUAUAAAUAAUUUUGAACCAAUUAAGUGAAAAGGAAUAAUUUCCCGCAGCACACACACGAUGACCUCUCACGACAGGUCUGGAAUCACCGACUCAAAGACCUUUAUAAUUCACACAUCAUGUUGUCCAUUGUGCGUCUGCUGCUUUAAUUAUCCUUUUUAUUAAUAUAGGUAGUUUGUGUGAUUGUAAUUGUACGCUUGCCUUAUGCCACGAAGUCACUGCUCGUUAAUUUGAUCUGUUACCAUUUGGAGAGGUAAUCGACUAUGUCCAGUAAAGAGUCAAGCCAUCUUCUCUCACCGUCAUAUUUGCAUUUAGUUGCUCUUCGACUUAUGUCCAUGUUGCGAUGAAUUUCGUAUUACCUUUGACCAGGAGAUGACGCUGAGAUUGGCAAUUGGGUGUACAGUCCGGUACCUAAUUUAAAAAAACAUGCAUCACAAUUUAAAUCUCUGAAGGGAGUCGUAUACUGUAUUUGUUUUGCACGCCAUACAAACAUCCAGGCAUUUCUCUGUGUGAUUUAUCGUCACUAAUGUUCUUUAUGAUUGAAAUAAUGUAUGUACGGUGAAGCAUAUUUCUCUUCAAGGAAUCACAAAGCUUUGGUUCUCUGCGAAAUGAAAUCCAUCUUUA